AGGUCAAGCUGUUCCCACAUUCAACUCGUCAGGUCCUCCCAACACCAUUACUUAGCAGGUAGGUUUGCUUAGAGUUCAGCCGACGUUUCUUCAUCAGCCAAGCGCAAUCGGAUUAGGCACCAAGUGUACCGCGACUCCGGAGUGAAGGGAUAGGAAGGAAGAGGAGGAAGGCUUCAGCCGAGACCCAAGGGAGGAAGAUCUCAUAUCAGAUAGGCAACUGCAGCAGUAGAGUUCACCAGGCGAAGGGGAAAAUGGCAAUUGGACAGACUAUGCCGAAGGGGUCUCUUGCCACGAGCUUGAGCUUCCCAAGCAGCGGCAGCACAAGGAUCCUGGGGAGGAAGAGGGUCGCCGUUUCUCCGGCUCCGAGCCCCUCAGGCCCGCACUCCCCGGUGCGCACUCUGCGCAAGCAGCGCAGCAUUAGGUUCCACAUGGACGACACCAUCUGCCUUCUCGAAUCGCUGCCUCAAGAUGUCUUGGUCAAAGUCCUGUGCAAGGUGAACCACAGCGACCUGAGGCAGCUCCUCCUUGUGUCGAAGCCAGUCAGCGAAGCAACAGUGGUUGCCAAGGAGCUGCAUUUCGCCUUCGCGACGCCGUCCAAGGCCUCCGCUGACGGCGAGGAAGAAGACGAUGGCCCCGGGGCGCCCAAGCAACACAGGGUUGCACGGUCGCGCUGCCGGGGCGUGAAUUUGGCAAGCGUCGCCGUCAAUCUGUCGGCGUCGUUCAGCAGCUUGAUGUCAGAGGUGUAGGUGUACAUACUACCACGGCACGAAUUUUCCCGCUUUGUAGUUGUCCAUCGGAGCGCUCUUUUUUCUCAUAGGCCACGUCGAACAGAACACUUUAGUUAGUGAUAUAUGUAGUCAUCAUCUGUGUUAGUAGUAUGUAAGUUAUAUGGCCAUUCUUCAAUGCUGCGAUUGAAGAGGACACGCUGUUUUAUUUCUGUGUAUGUAAUAGUGUAACUUAUAUGUAAGCGUCUGAGUGUUGGAACUCAUCAGAAGAGAAGCAUUAGUGUAAGUUAUAUGUAAGCGUCAGAGUGCUGGAACUCGGAAGAGACAUCUCUUCUCACUUGUGUAUACUGUAGUGUACGAUCUCUGUAUGCUCGUGUGCAUGGGAAGUUACUCUUAUACUAUCAAUAAAAGUAAAAUCAGUUUGCUUUGGUCAA